CGCUAAGACACUCCUCUCGUUAAUGUUCCAGCAGAACUGCAUGUCAAGUUUAAGCUAGCCGCUAUGAACGGAGAUAAUGUCCCCAUUUCAACACAGGAAUUUUUGGUUUGACGAUGGCAUUAAACUGCUCUACAUUUAGUCGCCUUAUCUUAAGAGCACACACCGCGGCUGAGGCCUGCACAAAGCGGGUAAUUCAACAGACAUGUGGGAGAUAUAGAGUAUGUCGAUGGUAUUCUGGUGUCACUCAUGAAGAAAACAGACUGGAGAAGGUCAGAGAGCAUAUGGUUCCAGGUAGUCAUAGGCAAGUCCUGAAGGAUGUUCUGCCUUUCUCAGCAUUCCUUAUGGACUCCUUUGGACGAAGGCAUAAUUACCUUCGCAUUUCUCUGACUGAGAAAUGUAACCUCCGCUGUCAGUAUUGUAUGCCACAGGAAGGAGUAACACUCACACCUCGCUCUCAGCUCCUAACAGCAGAGGAGUUGUUGAUAUUAGCCAGACUCUUUGUACGAGAGGGUGUUAAUAAGAUACGACUGACUGGAGGAGAACCUCUCAUUCGCCCAGACGUUCUGCAUAUAAUAACGGAAUUGAGGAAGUUGGAGGGUUUAAAGACCAUUGCAGUCACCACAAAUGGGAUGAAUCUGACCCGAAUGUUGCCCAAUCUAAAGAAAGCUGGAGUUGAUCUACUUAACAUUAGUCUGGACACUCUGGUUCCUGCCAAAUUUGAGUUCAUUGCUAGACGAAAAGGGUUUCAUAAAGUGAUGGAGGGCAUUGAAAAGGCUAUUGAAAUGGGCUACAAUCCAGUCAAGGUGAACUGUGUGGUCAUGAGAGGUUUGAAUGAAGAUGAAUUGACUGACUUUGUGUCACUGACAGAGAGGAAACCAUUGGAUGUGAGAUUCAUAGAGUACAUGCCUUUUGAUGGUAACAGAUGGAACUUCAAGAUGAUGGUGAGUUAUCAGGAGAUGCUGGAUUGUAUAAAGCAAAAAUGGCCCAAUCUGGAGCCUGUGCCUGGAGAGGAAACGGAUACAGCCAAGGCAUUUAGAGUACCAGGAUUUCAGGGCCAGCUGGGCUUCAUUACCUCCAUGUCGGACAAUUUCUGUGGCUCCUGUAACCGCCUGCGCAUCACGGCUGAUGGCAACCUUAAGGUUUGUUUGUUCGGAAAUUCAGAGGUGUCUUUGAGGGAUUUUCUGCGCUCUGGAGCAACUGAAGAGGAACUACUGCACAUCAUAGGGGCAGCAGUCGGGAGGAAGAAGAAACAGCAUGCAGGGAUGCUCAGUAUAUCUCAGAUGAAGAACAGGCCAAUGAUUCUCAUUGGUGGAAACUGCAGCUGGCUGCUGCCAGUACCUCUGUUUAGCAGCAGUCAGAGGCAGCAUCUUCCUCUGAUCCACUGCAUGGAUUCAGCAGCCACUGCUACAACUCAGUCAUUAACAAAUUACAUUCAACACUUUCAUGAUAAUGCCCAUCAGGACUACACAAGCACUUUUGUUAAUGAUCCACUAUGUUUGAUUCCUCCUUGUAAAAAGCAUAAUCAACCAAGGUUUCAUUCUAUGAAAAGAUUGAACAAUCGAAGACAAAGUCGUGCAGCCUCAGAGGCCAGUUGCAGUGAAGUGAUGAGCGAAUCUUAUCAUCAAGUGAAUACUGGUGCCUUAAAAAAACGCACAUCUCUCAUCGUUUAUACGCACAAUUUGCGCUGGGGGUCUCGGUCACCACUGCUGCAAACCAAAACAUUUCCUCCCAUCCUUUUUCUUAGUGCACUACUCUCAACAUCCAAAUUUAGAGAUUCAGCUCUCCAUUUUGCACGAUACUGCUACAGCAAAACCCCUGAAUGUGGGUUUGAUUUAAAAAUACCGCAUACAGAUGGACAGUCCUCCAGCCUUGAUGGAACCUCUGAUCAGUUGACCCACACUGAUGCACAGGGUAAAGCCUCCAUGGUCAAUGUGGGUGGUAAGGCAGUAACUUGUCGCACAGCCAUGGCUUGUGGCAAGGUCAUCCUGGGCCCAAAAGCUUUUAAUUUGGUGCAUGCCAACCAGCUUGCCAAGGGCGAUGCACUAGCAGUAGCACAGCUAGCGGGCAUCAUGGGUGCCAAGCAGACGUCAUCUCUCAUUCCCCUCUGCCACAUGCUUCCUCUUGACCACGUCUCCGUUACCAUAGAGCUGCUGGAGGAAGAACAUGCUGUCAUCGUCAAGGCAACUUGCCAAACCACUGGCUGCACAGGAGUGGAGAUGGAGGCCCUGACUGCCGUUGCGGUAGCCAUGCUAACCCUCUAUGACAUGUGCAAGUCAGUCAGCCGUGACAUUGUUAUUACUGACAUCAAGUUGCUUAGCAAGACGGGCGGACAGAGAGGUGAUUUUCAUCGCUCACCUGAUUCCUAAAAAACACAUAAGCUACAGGCUACAUCUCACCUGUAGCUAGAAUAUUUAAUUCUUCUCUCUAGAAUGACAUCAGUUCUCUGUAACAAAAUGUGCCUUCAGAUGCUUCUAGCUAAUCUAUCUAUUGUCAUUUUAACUAUUCCUGUGUCCAUGCCCAGCAUGAAUGUGAUUUAUUCAAGUAAGCGCCAUUUACUUGACAUAUGAAUAAUACUUCAUUUUGGUCUAGAUUUAUUUUGAUAAUGAUAAUGCAGCUAAUUAUAAUGCAUUUGGUAAAGCUGUCAAAGUUUUCAUCAGUUGAGCAAACUUGUAUUUGCUCUGAAAAGUGUUUGUAUGCCUGAGCAAAAACAAACAGUAAAAAAUGAUUAUCCUUUGAGUGUGCUGUCCUUUAAAGCUAUAACACAACUCACCUGACAGUGUAAAGGUGUCCAAAAUGCAGUUUUAUAUAGUGCUGCAGGUAUUACACAUUUUACAGGUCAAAACCCAGGAAUAAACAUUUUAGCAUUUCUGGUUCCAUGGUUUUGAUCUUUUAUGUUUAUUUGGUUAAAUGCCUAAAAUAAGAUCCUAAAUUAAGAUACUUCCAUGUUUUAUUCUAUAAUAAUAAAUACAUCAGUAUUACCCCCUUGGGAUUUUUCAAACUUUUACUUGUUUUGAAAAGUGCUUUUGCCAACAAGUGGCUAAAUGGGAUUACAGAGAACUUCCAGUACACUAAAAGUCAUCAGACCAAACAGAAAAUGCACCUACUCUCUAGUGCACUUUAACAGCUUAGUUGUGUUAAUAAUUAUGCUCUUGCAAACUAUACAGACUUCAUUGCUAUUUUUCUGUUAUACAAAACUGAAUAUGAACACUGGCAUAUGCCAGAAUGCUGUUCAUCAUAAUGUUCUAAUAUAAUUAAUGUUAACAAUGUGUAAUAUGCUCCAUGUCUUAACUGCAAUAGUUGGUUUGGAUAAAAUGUUUGAAUGAUAA